AUUUAUUUUUCUAAAAACUCCUGUCAAUUAUGCAGUGGACAGCUAUGACGGUAUACAAUCUUGACAAGCCUAGCGAUAAAUUGAUCCGCUUGUCCUAAAACACGCGAGACGAUUUAAGAAAUCUUAUUUUACUAAAAUCCCAUAGAAAAAGGGUUACAUCGAUGCGGAGACACGAUUAAAUGGUCCAAACCCGGUUAAACUUCUACGUACCUCUGUUGCGUCAAAUACCUCGAUUCAAUUCUAAACGCGGAUCGACGAGUACGAAGCGAUCCAGCAAAUUCCACGAAUUCCUUUCUAAAAAUUGCUAGAAGAUCAUCGGCAACGCGAUGCUAAAGAGAAAGAAUCUCUGGCUGGCAGUUUCUCGAGUCAGCUAACGCAGUCCUCCUUACGCAGCCGGUAAUCAGUCUUCCGCGGCGGUAUCAUCGGCACGGUGCACGCGGAACGCUGUUGCUUUGGCGAGCUGAGAGUGGAGGAGUGUAGUAUCGCGCAAAGUGGGGAACCGAUGGGAGGUACCUGAACAGUCAGUUUCGAGGAAGCUAGCAGUUCAGGAUUGGUUAAAAGAUCGGGCCAGGUAGGGGCCCAUUGGUGGGUCAGGCAACAGGCGUGUACCUAUGGGCAGGUACGACUGUUCUCUGCCAACGGGGGAAAAUCGAGUUACCGACGGGACUCCGUGGCUCUCCUUAGGCGCCUUCGAUGCAGUCGAACAGGUCGCAGCGAUCGCGAAGCGCCAGUCCUCUCCCGUCCAUCGACGUGGCCGCACCGUGACUCGUGGAUGUUCGAGAGAGACAGACAGAGACAGACGAUAAGACGUAGAGAAAAAAAAUUUAGAUCGGGGACGGCCGAGGAAAAAGGGAGAGGAAGACGCAGAGAGACGAAGAGGAGACGGUGCGGAGAGCUGGAAACCACACUCGGAUUCGCGUGGAUCAUCGAGAGCAGAGCAGAGCACUCGGGGGCAGUCGAAGGAUUUGCAUCGAGGGAACGGUACAGAAAUAAUCAGACGCGUGUCGUUCCGAGGGGGUGAAGCCGAUCGCGUGACACAGUCCCAGCAACGUGUAAACGACCGUGUUUCGUGGUUACCGCGCUUCGACGAAAGCGAACAAACGCGUGCACGGUGUCCGGUGCACCACGCCACGUGACCGAUCGCCGCUGAACAACAACAUUUUUCGGGCAGUGUGUGUCGAACAAGAUCGGACGAUCUCGCGAGAAACUUGUUCGGUUAUUUGCUCGACCAACAUCGAUCGACGAAGGUUAUGGUGUGUAACGUGUGAAAGAGGACUCGAGGACGAUCGAGGAACAAGGUUUACGUUUGUGGUGUACUGAGGCACCGGUUAACCCGCUCGUGUGGAUAUCAUCCGACUACAAAGAUGAAUCAAGUGUGCAAGGUCUGUGGCGAGCCGGCCGCUGGUUUUCAUUUCGGAGCGUUCACCUGCGAGGGGUGCAAGUCGUUCUUCGGGCGCACCUAUAACAACCUGGGAAGCAUCUCCGAAUGCAAGAACGGCGGCGUGUGCGUGAUCAACAAGAAGAAUCGUACAUCGUGCAAGGCGUGUCGCCUACGAAAGUGUCUCGUGGUCGGGAUGUCAAAGUCAGGCUCGCGGUAUGGUCGUCGUUCGAACUGGUUCAAGAUCCACUGUCUCCUCCAAGAACAAACGAACGGAAAUCAAAAUAUGACUCCAGGAGCAGUUUCGCCGUUUGGACCAAGCUUUCUACCAGGAUUCCUUCCUCAGGCUCAAGGACCUCAAAGCGGGGUAUUCAAAGAUGGAACGGAUCGUACUUCACCUAGUCAUGAAGAUUUAGCCCUCCAAUCGCAUCUGUUGCACGUGGCGAUGCUGAAGCAGGAACAAGAAAGGGGGAGCAAGUCUCCCCAUCCGGAUGACGUGGCUCUUCAAAACCAUCUUCGUCUGUUCGCCUGGCAAAGGGAGCGUGAAAGAGUCGGUGAAAGUUCUCAACAGCCUCCGGGUACGCCACCUAGUACAACACCUCCGCCAUUUUAUAGACAACAUCAACAACAACAACAACAACAACAACAACAGCAUCAACAACAGCAGCGACUUCCAGGCUCUCCGAUGUUCCCAAUGAACUUCGCUCAAAGGGAUAGCGUUUGCGUGCCUAGCAGUCCAUCGGACGCCCUCAGACCGUACCUUCCAACUUAUAAAAGGACAUCGGACACACCAAGUGAUAGUGGAGCGUCCUCGGUGGAUGGUGUCGAUGGUCAAGAUACCGAAUCAAGGAGUAAUUCAGCACUGAGUUACUUCAAAAACAGCGCCGCAUCACCGACCUUGUCCGAAAGAGAUUUUCCACCUAGGAAGAUCAAUGCUACGGUUACAUUGACGACAGGAUACCAUCCUCAUCAAGGUCUAGGCCUAGUGUAUCCUCCACCUGGUUUAGUCACGCCAUCAACGUCUCAACUUUCGCCCAGAGGCGGCGACCUGCUUCUGGUCAGUCCCAGUCCAGGUGGUCUAGCUGUUGAGCAAGACGAACCGAUAGAUCUUAGUGUCAGAUC